AGCACAUCGACAACGAGCUCGUCGCCAGCAGACCUCAAGAUUUAUUACCAGCUCAACAACCAUGGCCGACGCUGCUGCACGUGGACGUGGUGGAUUUGGGCGUGGGCGCGGUGGUGAUAGAGGCCGCGGUCGAAGGGGGCCCCGACGUGGCGGUCGUAAGGACGAGGAGAAGGAAUGGAUCCCUGUCACUAAGCUCGGCCGUCUUGUCAAGGACGGCAAGAUCAAGUCCAUGGAAGAGAUCUACCUCUUCUCGCUCCCCGUCAAGGAGUUCCAGAUCGUCGACUUUUUCCUUCCCAAGCUCAAGGAUGAAGUCAUGAAGAUCAUGCCCGUCCAGAAGCAGACCCGUGCCGGUCAGCGCACCCGCUUCAAGGCGUUUGUCGCCAUCGGCGACUUUGAAUGUCACGUCGGCCUUGGUGUCAAGUGCGCCAAGGAAGUCGCCACCGCCAUUCGUGGUGCUAUCGUCCUCGCUAAACUCUCAGUCGUCCCCGUCCGGAGAGGUUACUGGGGUGCUGCUCUCGGUGAGCCCCACACUGUCCCCUCCAAGGUCAGCGGCAAAGUCGGCUCCGUCAUGUGCCGUCUCAUUCCCGCGCCCCGUGGAACUGGUCUCGUCGCUGCGCCCGCAUCAAAGCGUCUGCUUCAGCUUGCUGGUGUCGAGGACUGCUAUACUCAGUCCAAGGGCUCGACAGCAACUAUGGGCAACUUCUUGAAGGCUACCUUUACUGCCAUCACCAAAACGUACUCUUUCCUUACCCCCGACCUCUGGCGGGAGAUUCCCCUCUCUAAGCUCCCGUACGACGAGCACUCUGCGCAUCUUCAGCAUGCAGCUGGCAAGAAGGACCAUUGAUUUCCCCGUCUCCCGCUCGUUCUUGGUGCUUUCUAUCACCAUGUAUUUUCUCUAAAACUCUUUAGGGCUGUACGUCUGCAUAGUUGACAACAUGCUCGUUGGAUCAC